UUGUGAUGAGCAGCCUCGUCUCGUCGUAGCCAAGAUCGACACAGGCGCCAAUCCGCGCAUGAAUAUAUCGUCCCCAACACAACCACCACUGGGCAAGGCAGCUUUGCAAUCUUCUCAAGCAUGAGGACAGCAGGCCCUGUCCAACACGCACAUGCCGAGAGGCAGAAUGUAAAUGCAACCAACUGCUCCGUACACGACAAUCAUUGCCUACCAACAAGCAUCGCCAAAGUGCCUGCCUCUGCUGAAAACCCCUACUCAACAAACCUCGCUGCAUUCCAACGACGACAAGCAACCAUUCGCCCAUAACAACCCCCCUGCCAAUGGCCAUUACCUGCCCUCCGUCCAAAGUGCCACGCCCCGAGAUCACUCUUCAUCAAUCCUCGAUCCCUCAAAUCUCGCCAAUGACAAGACCGUGAUGACCCAGGAGCCACAUUAAAGAAAGGGGUGGGCCCUCUCCCCCCUUCCCUCCCCUCCUGACUAUUGCAGCACUGCCAGACUACCCCCUGGGGCGCCCAUCCAUCCACCUAGGCAAACACAAUCUGUCUCCCCCAGCCAAAACCCCAUUGGAAAUUGCGCCCAUUUAACCCGAAUCAAGCCUAGCCCAAACAGCCACAAGUGCACAUACGUAAGCGGAGGUGUACUCUCACUCUCACACACACACACACUCUCUCUCUCUCUGUAGCUCUCCCAGGCUGCCGCACGCAGCACACAUUGAAAUUGUCGUCUCUGUCCC